CCUCCUCCCCUUCCGUACCCUUUCCAAAUUUCCCUUCGUAUCAUUUCUUCCUCUAAUUUCCUCUCCCAUUCUCUCCCAAAAUACUCAAAAUCACAAUCUCUCAAUCCCUUCCUCAAUCUUGUUUCUCACUAUUCAUAUAUCUUGCAAAAUGACGAAAUAUGGCGGAGCGGGACGUAAUUGUUGGGGUGGUGGUGGUGGUGGUGUAAUGGAGAAAACAAACAGUCUCCGGCGACCUAAACUCGGGACGCUAUUACGUUCCGAACCCGACAUUUCGAUCAAUCGAGAAGAGACUAGUUAUUGCUUCAAUCACCGUAACAGCAACGCUUCUGCAGGCAGCCCAGCUCAAAUCUACAACAGAUCUCCGAUGAGCGGAGACUCCUCUCCUUCUCCGUACUUCAUGUCUCCAUGGAACCAGACCUCCUCACCGUACACGAACUCACCCUGGAUUCGAGCUUCGCCUUUGAUCUUCAAGGAUAACCGAAGAUUUUUGAUCGGGUCGCUUCUUCGCGAAGAAGGACACGUAUAUGCUUUAGCUGCUUCUGGAGACUUGUUAUAUACAGGAUCAGAUAGCAAGAACAUACGUGUAUGGAAGAACUUGAAGGACUUUUCGGGAUUCAAAUCGAACAGUGGAUUAGUCAAAGCGAUUGUUAUUUCCGGCGAGAAGAUUUUUACCGGACACCAAGACGGUAAAAUUCGAGUCUGGAAAUUGUCUCCGAAGAAAAACUACAAGCGCGUUGGGAGUUUACCGACAACCCGAGACUUCAUCAAGAGCUCCUUCAACCCGAAGAACUACGUCGAGGUGAGAAGACACCGGAACGUGCCGUGGAUCAAGCAUUUCGAUACCGUGUCAUGCAUGAGCCUCGACAAGGACCGGGGCCUUCUCUACUCCGGUUCUUGGGAUAAAACAAUCAAAGUAUGGAGAAUUCGUGAUUCUAAAUGCUUAGAAUCCGUCAAAGCUCACGACGAUGCUGUUAAUUCUGUUGUUGUCGCGGGCUUUGACGGGCUAGUUCUCACCGGCUCAGCCGAUGGGACGGUGAAAGUUUGGAGGAAGGAGUUGAUGGGGAGAAAAUCGAAGCACGUGUUGGUGCAGGUGUUGUUGAAGCAAGAGAACGCGGUCACGGCGUUGGCGGUGAAUGUGGAAGCGGCGGUGAUAUAUGGCGGCUCGUCGGAUGGGUUGCUGAAUUUUUGGGAACGUGAGAAGCAUUUGUGCCACGGCGGAGUGCUCCGCGGCCACAAGAUGGCGGUGCUAUGCCUGGCUACGGCGGGGAACAUGGUGUUCAGUGGUUCCGCGGACAAGAGCAUUUGCGUGUGGGGGAGGGAUAAAGGUGGGGACCACACGUGUCUCUCUGUUCUCACUGGUCAUUGUGGUCCAGUCAAAUGUUUGGCCGUUGAGGAAGAUCAAGAUCAGGAGUCAUCCAACGGUGAUGAUGAUCGACGGUGGAUAGUGUACAGUGGUAGUUUGGACAAGUCGGUGAAGGUUUGGAGGAUGUCUGACCACGUGGCAGAAUUAGAGUAGUUCAAGGGUGUGAGGUUUAUGCCCCGCCAUGUACGGUGGCGUAGUGGCGGAGCUUGAGUUAUUCCUUUCAAAAGAAGGCACCGUGACAGUGAUUUGAGAUAUGGACGUUGCAUGUGACGCUAUCAAGUCAAGCAACACGUUGGCAAAUUAUGAGUUGGGAUAGUUUUUACAAAAAAAAAAUGCUUUAGACACUAAUUAGUGGUGUCUCUAAUGAUGUGGUAGUGGGUCUCAUCCACUGUCACAUGUGUAUUGUGCCUUAAUUUUUUUUUUUAAUUUUUUUAAAUUUUCAGCUCAUUAGUGAUGGAUUUAGAACU